AUUUCCGCAAGUGUAGGAAUAUAUUGGGUCGCAUCGAGAUCGAGAGAGAGAGGGUGUGUGUGCUCAAUCUUGGAGAUUUACUAGGGUUUCGAAAUUCACGUUGCGAUUGUCUUAUCCCUGAUCUUCAUCUUCGUUUUUGGUUGAUUCUUGGAAGUAUCUGAUCUGCAUGGUGCGGUUUGGUGGGUGGUUCCGAUUUCUGAUUGAGUUUCUCUGGAUUUUGAUCCGGAGACGGUUUUGAGGUUGUAGAUCAGUUCUUAGUUUGGAAUCGGAUUCUACGUUAACAGCUGCACAUCGGAAAGCUUCAAAAAGAAGAGAAAGUUGGUUGUUUGUGAAGUUCAGUGACUUUUGUUGACAAAAACUUAUACACAUGGGUUUCAAGCCAUUGGAAUGGUAUUGCCAACCUGUGGAAAAUGGUGUGUGGGCAAUGGUGGUGGAGAAUGCAUUUGGGGCAUACACUCCCUGUGGGAUUGAUUCAUUGCUCAUUUGCAUCUCCCAUUUGGCACUUUUUGGUGCGUGCUUUUAUCGGAUAUGGCGGACAAAGAAAGAUGCUACUGUUAGUUGGUUUUGUCUGAGGUCUCCUUAUUACAAUUACCUGUUGGGGUUGUUAGCCCUUUACUGCACUGCAGAACCAUUGUUCCGACUGGUCACAGGCACUUCUUUUGUUAAUUUGGAUGGGCAGACAAGUCUUGCCCCAUUUGAGAUAGUUUCGUCGGUGAUUGAGGCAGCAACUUGGUGCUCUAUGCUUAUCAUGAUUGGAUUGGAAACUAAAAUUUACAUCCUUGAGUUCCGUUGGUACAUCCGGUUUGUGGUAAUUUAUGUGCUGAUAGGACAAACUGCUGUUUUCAAUCUUGUGCUUUCAGUCAGAGAAUACUAUGAUAAACGAAUCUUCUACUUGUACACAAGCGAGUUAAUCUGUCAGUUGGUCUUUGGAAUCCUCCUCUUAGUGUAUGUCCCCAAUUUGGAUCCUUAUCCUGGAUACACCCCCAUAAGGAAUGAAGUGGUUAGUGACAAUACAGCUUAUGAACCCCUUCCGGGAGGGGAGCAGAUUUGCCCUGAAAGGCAUGCUAAUUUAUUUUCCAGAAUAUUCUUUGAGUGGGUGACUCCCCUUAUGAAGCAAGGUUAUAAAAGACCAAUUACUGAGAAGGAUGUUUGGAAAUUAGAUUCAUGGGAUGAGACUGAGACAUUGAACAAGAAGUUCCAGAAAUGCUGGCAAGAAGAAUCUCAGAGACAAAAACCUUGGCUGUUGAGAGCUCUUCACCAAAGCCUAGGAGGAAGAUUUUGGUUGGGAGGGCUUUUCAAGAUUGGGAAUGAUGCUUCACAGUUUGUGGGCCCGAUAAUUCUAGACCUCCUUCUAGAGUCUAUGCAACAAGGAGACCCAUCAUGGAAUGGAUAUAUUUAUGCUUUCUCGAUAUUUGCUGGAGUGACAUUGGGUGUGUUAUGCGAAGCCCAGUAUUUUCAGAAUGUCAUGCGGGUUGGCUUCAGAUUGAGAUCUACGCUGGUUGCAGCUGUAUUUCGUAAAUCACUAAGAUUAACUCAUGAGGGUCGCAGAAAAUUUGCUUCUGGAAAAAUAACCAACUUGAUGACAACUGAUGCAGAAGCACUUCAGCAAAUUUGCCAGCAGCUUCACAGUUUGUGGUCAGCUCCUUUUCGUAUCACUAUUGCUGUUAUACUUCUGUACAAACAGCUAGGUGUUGCUUCACUUAUUGGUUCAUUAAUGCUGGUCCUUAUGUUCCCUAUUCAGACAUAUGUGAUCAGCAAAAUGCGUGAGCUAACUAAAGAGGCUUUGCAACGUACUGACACUCGAAUUGGCCUUAUGAAUGAAGUAUUGGCUGCUAUGGAUACUGUGAAGUGUUAUGCUUGGGAGGAAAGUUUCCAGUCUAAAGUGCAAAGCAUUAGGAAUGAUGAACUUUCAUGGUUUCGUAGAGCUCAGCUCUUGGGCGCUUGGAACUUUUUUUUCCUAAACAGCAUUCCAGUUAUUGUCACCGUAAUAUCAUUUGGGGUGUUUUCUCUAUUGGGAGGAGACUUGACUCCAGCAAAGGCAUUUACAUCACUCUCCCUGUUUGCAGUGUUGCGGUUUCCUCUAUUCAUGCUCCCUAACUUGAUUACUCAGGUUGUGAAUGCAAAUGUAUCUUUGAAUCGACUGGAGGAGUUAUUUUUAACUGAAGAACGAAUACUUUUACCAAAUCCACCUCUUGAUCCAGCCCUUCCAGCCAUAUCAAUCAAGGAUGGAUUCUUUGUUUGGGAUUCCAAGGAUGAGAGGCCAACGUUAUCAAAUAUUAAUUUGGACAUACCUGUUGGUAGCUUAGUUGCUAUUGUUGGAAGUACAGGAGAAGGGAAGACGUCUCUUAUAUCUGCAAUGCUGGGUGAACUACCACCAAUGGCAGGGACAAGUACCACUGUUACAAUUCGGGGUACCGUUGCCUAUGUUUCUCAAGUUUCAUGGAUUUUCAAUGCUACUGUGCGUGACAAUAUAUUGUUUGGAUCACCAUUUCAACCAUCCCGCUAUGAGAAGGCAAUUGAAGUGACUGCAUUGCAGCAUGAUCUUGAUUUGCUACCAGGCGGUGAUCUCACAGAGAUUGGUGAAAGGGGGGUAAAUAUUAGUGGUGGUCAAAAGCAAAGAGUUUCCAUGGCAAGGGCAGUAUACUCUGACUCAGAUGUGUAUAUAUUUGAUGAUCCUUUGAGUGCACUAGAUGCUCAUGUUGGCAGACAGGUUUUUGAUAAAUGCAUCAAGGAUGAACUCAGAGGAAAAACCCGAGUUCUUGUUACCAACCAACUUCAUUUUCUGCCAAAUGUCGACAGAAUUAUCCUGGUUCAUGAAGGCAUGGUUAAAGAAGUGGGUACUUUUGAUGAACUCAGUAUUUCUGGGGUGCUUUUCCAAAAAUUAAUGGAAAAUGCUGGGAAAUUGGAGGAACAAAUGGAAGAUAAAUCAGGUGAGGCACAAGAUCAUGAAAUUAAGAAAUCUAAUGAAAAUGGAGAAAUCCAAAUGCCAGAAAAUAGUUUAAAGGGUGAGGACAAAUCAAAUAAGGGAAAGGUGGGCAAGUCUGUUCUUAUCAAACAGGAAGAACGUGAAACUGGAGUCGUCAGUUGGAAAGUUCUUGCAAGGUAUAAGAAUGCGUUGGGUGGGAUGUGGGUAGUCAUAGGACUCUUGCUUUGCUAUAUUCUCACUGAAGUGCUCCGAGUUUCAAGUAGCACUUGGUUAAGCGCCUGGACUGAUCAAAGCUCUUCAAAAACCUAUGGGCCUGGUUUCUACAAUCUGGUUUACGCACUUCUUUCUUUUGGUCAGGUGCUUGUGACACUGGCAAACUCAUAUUGGUUGAUCAUUUCAAGUCUUUAUGCUGCCAAAAAGUUGCAUGAUGCCAUGCUGCAUUCUAUAUUAAGAGCUCCAAUGGUGUUUUUUCAUACAAAUCCACUUGGGAGGAUAAUAAAUAGGUUUGCAAAGGAUCUAGGAGAUAUUGAUCGCAACGUUGCUACUUUCGUGAAUAUGUUUCUAGGACAAGUUUCACAGCUCCUUUCAACUUUUGUGCUGAUAGGCAUUGUGAGCACUCUCUCUCUCUGGGCCAUCAUGCCACUUUUGAUACUGUUCUAUGCAGCCUACUUAUAUUAUCAGGCUACUGCUCGGGAAGUGAAGAGAUUAGAUUCUAUAACUAGGUCUCCCGUCUAUGCUCAAUUUGCAGAAGCGUUGAAUGGCCUUUCAACAAUCCGUGCAUACAAAGCAUAUGACAGAAUGACCAGCAUCAAUGGGAAAUCCAUGGACAACAAUGUCAGAUACACACUUGUGAAUAUGAGUGCAAACAGAUGGCUAGGAAUUCGGUUGGAAACUUUGGGAGGUAUCAUGAUUUUCUUUACAGCUUCCUUUGCUGUCAUGGAAAACCAGCGUGCAGAAAAUCAGAAGGCAUUUGCAUCAACAAUGGGCUUACUUCUCAGUUAUGCUUUAAAUAUUACAAAUUUGUUGACAGCUGUUUUGCGACUUGCAAGUCUCGCAGAGAAUAGUUUAAAUGCAGUUGAGCGUGUUGGAACAUAUGUAGAGUUGCCAUCUGAAGCUCCUCCAGUUGUUGAAAACAGCAGGCCACCUCCAGGCUGGCCAUCCUCUGGAAUUAUCAGAUUCCAGGAUGUUGUUCUACGGUAUAGGCCUGAACUUCCUCCUGUUCUUCAUGGGAUAUCAUUCACAAUUGGAGCAAGCGAGAAGGUUGGGAUUGUUGGUAGAACUGGUGCUGGAAAAUCUAGCAUGCUAAAUGCAUUAUUUCGCAUAGUUGAAUUGGAGAAAGGGAAAAUCUUCAUUGAUGAUCAUGAUAUCUCAAAAUUUGGUCUUACGGAUCUUCGCAAGGCUCUUGGAAUAAUUCCUCAAUCACCUGUUUUAUUUUCAGGAACUGUCCGAUUUAAUCUGGAUCCCUUCAAUGAGCACAAUGAUGCAGAUCUGUGGGAAGCAUUGGAGAGGGCACAUCUAAAAGAUGUCAUACGGAGGAAUGACUUAGGGCUUGACAUUGAGGUUUCUGAGGCUGGUGAAAAUUUUAGUGUUGGUCAAAGACAGCUUCUAAGUCUUGCACGUGCACUACUUCGAAGAUCUAAGAUUCUUGUUCUUGAUGAAGCAACUGCUGCUGUUGAUGUUAGAACUGAUGCUUUGAUUCAAAAAACAAUUAGAGAAGAAUUCAAGUCAUGUACAAUGCUGAUAAUAGCACACCGUCUGAAUACCAUCAUUGACUGUGAUCGAGUUCUCCUCCUCAGCUCUGGUCAGGUUGUGGAAUUUGAUACUCCAGAAGACCUUCUAUCAAAUGAAGCAAGUUCUUUCUCCAAGAUGGUACAGAGUACUGGAGCUGCCAAUGCUCAAUAUUUGCGGAGUUUGGUCUUUGGAGAUGGGGAAGGUCAAUCGAGCAGGGAGGAGGCCAAGAGGUUAGAUGGUCGAAGGAGAUGGCUUGCUUCAUCCCGCUGGGCAGCUGCUGCACAGUUUGCUCUUGCUGUCAGCCUCACAUCUUCACAAAAUGAUCUCCACAAACUAGAGAUCAAUGAUGAAAAUAGCAUUCUCAGAAAAACAAAGGAUGCUGUUAUCACACUACAAAGUGUUCUAGAAGGGAAGCAUGACAGUGCCAUCGAAGAGUCAUUGAACCAGUAUCAGGUUCCCAAAGAAAGAUGGUGGUCAUCUCUGUAUAAGGUGGUUGAAGGUCUUGCAGCCAUGGGCAGAUUGGCGCGCAGCCGUAACCAUCACCCAGAUUAUUUAUUUGGUGACAAAUCAAUUGAUUGGGAACAAAUAGAGAUGUAAAGGGACCAUUCUCGGACUAGAUCCCCCUACAAAUAGCAAUUUUCACAAGAUCUAAUGGAGACUCCCAUGGCAGCAUCCAUGUUGCCACCUCUUUUGCCUGUAUGUUUGAGUAAACUCAGAGAUUAGUGUAACAUGGCAUGUCACCUAUCCAGUGAUUAUUGUAGUGUCAAAUUAGCAAUUAGUUCAUGUUUCUCAAUUGUGUUGAGUAACUGCCUCUAUAGAACUCCAAUAGAAAGCCUGAACCUUAUUUUCCAAGUGAAUGUAUGUCAUCAAUGCCAUGCUAAUGCUGGUAUCAAUACCAUACUGUAAUGCUGUGUGAUUAACUCAUUCCUUCUUGUGCUUGUACUGGAGGUUGAAUGGAUGAAUUUUGCAACAUGAAUGAUUGCCAGGUUAA